CCUUUCCUUCGCUUAAAUAAAUAAAUUACAUGGCGGCCAAUUAGAACUGGUCACAGAGAGCGAGGGACAGAGAGGGAGAAAAUGGGGCAUGGAAGCUCGAAAGAGGAAGCAACGUCUGAUGCUAAAGAGGAAGGAUCAUCGCGUUCAUCUCGGCUGAAACAGAGACUUCACCACCAUCGUCAUGGCCGUCAUAGUCGACAUGGCAAUGUCUCCAGCGCCUCCUCUCCUAAUCCCAAACUACUCGCUGCUGAUAGUUUCGCCGGAGUUGCUCUUCUCACCCUCAUGCGUGCGGAGAUGAAGUUCAAGGACAAGUGGUUCGCCUGUGUUACUCUUGGAGAGCAGACCUUUCGUAGUGAGAUCUCCGACCACACAGACAGCCCCGUUUGGAACUCUGAAAAAAAACUUCUUUUGGAAACAGCUGGGCCACAUGUUGCAAGGAUUUCUGUGUUUGAGACCAAUAGAUUGUCCCGCAACAAUAUAAUCGGAUAUUGUGAGAUUGAUCUACUUGAAUUUAUUACUCGGGAGGCAGAUUCAGAAGUUGAGAAAUAUGACUUGUUAGAUCCAUCAUCAUCUGACACAGUGGUUGGAAAAAUUUCUCUUUCAUGUUCAGUCGAGGAUCCAAUUGAAACAGAGAAGAGAUUUGCAAGACGCAUCUUGUCUAUAGUGGACUACAAUGAAGAUGGGAAACUUUCCUUCUCUGAAUUUUCUGACUUAAUUAAUGCUUUUGGCAAUCAACUAGCUGCUGACAAGAAAGAGGAGCUCUUUAAAGUGGCUGACAAGAAUGGUGACGAUGUUGUCAGCAUGGAUGAGUUGGCUGCCCUUCUUGCUAUUCAACAAGAAAAGGAACCACUAAUGAAUUGUUGUCCUGUUUGUGGUGAGAUUUUUGGAGUUUCCGAUAAGCUGAACACUAUGGUUCAUUUGGCUCUCUGUUUCGAUGAAGGAACUGGGAACCAGGUCAUGACUGGUGGUUUUUUGACUGAAAAGCAGGCUUCAUACGGGUGGAUGUUUAAACUAAGUGAAUGGGCUCAUUUUUCAUCAUAUGACAUUGGCUUAAACUCUGGAUCAAGCGCUUCCCAUAUUCUGGUUUUUGAUAGGAAGACAAAGAGGCUCGUGGAAGAGUUAAUUGAUGGAAAGAUUGUUUUGUCGAUGAGAGCUAUCUACCAGUCAAAAUUUGGUCUUGGCCUAAUUAACACAGGGGCAAAGGAGCUCUUACAGAGGAUCUCUGAAAAGCAGGGGAAGAAAAUGAAUUCUGCCGAAUCUGCUAAAGAUAUACCGAAGUUUCUUGAGUUUUUUAAGGAUCAAAUAAAUCGGGCUGAAAUCAAGCACCCAGUGGAGUAUUUCAAGACUUUUAAUGAAUUUUUCAUAAGAGAGUUAAAGCCUGGUGCAAGACCAAUUGCCUGUGUCGGACGCGAUGAUAUUGCAAUAUGUGCGGCUGAUAGUCGUUUAAUGGCGUUUAAAUCUGCCGAUGACAGUCUAAGAUUUUGGAUUAAGGGUCGUAAGUUUUCAAUUCAAGGCCUUUUGGGACAAGAUGUAUCUUCUGGUUCUUUUAUUGAUGGAGCCUUAGUGAUAUUUCGUUUGGCACCCCAGGAUUAUCAUCGCUUUCAUUUUCCAGUCUCUGGAACUGUUGAGCAAUUUGUAAACAUACCUGGAUGCUUAUAUACGGUUAACCCCAUUGCUGUGAAUAGCAAGUAUUGUAAUGUCUUCACUGAGAACAAGCGAGUGGUAUCAGUUAUUUCAACCACGGAUUUUGGAAAGGUGGCAUUCAUUGCAAUAGGAGCAACUAUGGUUGGCAGCAUCACCUUUUCAAAGAAGGAGGGCGACCAUGUCAAGAAGGGAGACGAGUUCGGAUAUUUCUCAUUUGGUGGAAGCACUGUUAUUUGCGUUUUCGAGAAGGAUGCAAUUGAGAUAGACGAGGACCUCCUAUCAAAUAGUGCCAGAGCACUGGAGACAUUGGUUUCUGUUGGAAUGAAGUUGGGUGUCUCUAAAAAGAGGCUCUCAGAAUUUGCGUUGCCGAAUUUGCAAAGCUGUAAUUUAGGGGAGUGAGAUCAUUCAUUCUUCUAUGGGAUACCUGUUGAGUAAAUUUAAAUUUGUAUAUUUUUACUUGGACUGAAUUCAAGCCAGAAUCUUCUUUGCAAUUAAUCGCAUGCGUGUUACUUUUUAA